CUCAGUUCUUCAGAUGGGCAAAUUGCAAACAGCAGAGCUGAAAAUCUUUUUGGUGUUUCACAAGUCCAUUUAAUUGGAGAUCAGCCAGCACUCUCAGUUGCCUCUCACUACACAAGAAGAAGGAAUCCUCCUGAGCCCAUUUGUGAGUCCCUGCUCUCAGUGCCUGCAAAACCCAGAGCUCAGCAGAAAUCCAUUUCCUGAGGCAGCAAAUGUCCAACAGCAGCUCCAUCAGCCACUUCCUCCUGCUGGCACUGGCAGAGACGCGGCAGCUGCAGCUCCUGCACUUCUGCCUCUUGCUGGGCAUCUCCCUGGCUGCCCUCCUGGGCAACGGCCUCAUCAUCAGCGCCGUAGCCUGCGGCCACCACCUGCACACGCCCAUGUUCUUCUUCCUGCUCAACCUGGCCCUCAGCCACCUGGGCUCCAUCUGCACCACUGUCCCCAAAGCCAUGCACAAUUCCCUCUGGGACACCAGCACCAUCUCCUACACUGGAUGUGCUGCACAGCUCUUUUUCUUUAUGUUCUUUAUCUCAGCAGAGUAUUUCCUCCGGACCAUCAUGUGCUACGACCGCUACGUGUCCAUCUGCAAACCCCUGCACUACGGGACCCUCCUGGGCAGCAGAGCUUGUGCCCACUUGGCAGCAGCUGCCUGGGCCAGUGCCUUUCUCAAUGCUCUCAUGCACACAGCCAAUACAUUUUCCCUGCCCCUCUGCCAUGGCAAUGCCCUGGGCCAGUUCUUUUGUGAAAUCCCACAGAUCCUCAAACUCUCCUGCUCCAAAUCCAACCUCAGGGAACUGGGGCUUCUUGUUGUUAGUGUGUGCUCAGCAUUUGGCUGCUUUGUGUUCAUUGUUUUCUCCUAUGUGCAGAUCUUCAGGGCUGUGCUGAGGAUCCCCUCUGAGCAGGGACGGCACAAAGCCUUUUCCACCUGCCUCCCUCACCUGGCUGUGGUCUCUCUGUUUAUCAGCACUGGGGCAUUUACCUACCUGAAGCCCUCCUCCAUCUCCUCCCCAUCCCUGGAUCUGUCAGUGUCAGUUCUGUACUCGGUGGUGCCUCCAGCCCUGAACCCCCUCAUCUACAGCCUGAGGAACCAGGAGCUCAAAGCUGCAAUGUGGAGACUGAUAUUGUGGUUAUAUAUAUCACAGAACCACGUUUGUCUAAAAUCAAUUUUAGUAUGGAAAUCACUUGUGGCUGUUGGACUCAUCAGACACUUCUGGGACGUUGCACAUAGCUCAGUGAAGAGUGUGAUUGUUAUUAAAUUGUGUCCUGUUCAACUGUGGUCUGUUGGCCCUGAAGAGAAACUUUCUGUGCCUCUGAGUCUCACCAGUUCCUGACCCCCAAAGGACACAAACCUGAUGAGUUGUGGUUCCCACUCCAGUGGUGGCACUUGGAGCUCCCUCCAUCCCCUGAGCAGAGCUGCCUUGUCCCAGAAAGUCCCUGGCAAUGCAGGGAUGAAGGAAACAGGACAGGCUGUGGGGAUCAGGGGCAGGGCACGGCCAGGGAUUUGGGGUGGUUGUGAGCCCAGGGCAGGACCCGGCCCUUGGCUUUGGUGAACCUCAUCCAAUUGUCCUGGGCCCAUGGCUCCAGCCUGUCCAGAUCCCUCUGCAGAGCUUCCUGCCCUCCAGCACAGCCACACUCCC